UAUCACUCCAUCGCCAUGGCCCGCCUCAGCAUCGCAGUCCUCGCCCUCUUCGCCGUCGCCGCGGUUGCCUCCGCUGGGGCUCCCCCACCACCACCGAAGGGGCCGGCCGGACCCCAGGGCCCCGCUCCUGCAGGAGGUGUGAAGGCUUGGCUGCACCAGAAGGAGGCCCAGCUGAAGCAGUGGGCUGGUCAGGAGAAGGCCAAGCUCCAGGGCCAAUGGAAGGAGAAGGUCGUUCCCCACAUCCAUGAUCUGACCCAGAAGUUCGGCCAGCAGUGGCAGCAGAAGGCUCCCAAGAUUGCCGCCCUCCUCAAGCAGAAGGCAGGAGCUGCAUUCGAAAAGGCCUCGCAGUGCGCUGAAAACAAGCGCAUUUUCAUGCUUCAGAGAGUUGUACAAGCCGAAGCUUUUUCUAAGAAAAAGGGCGUGCUAAAAACGGCACCAACAUUUGUUGAUCAGACAGUCCUCUCCGAGUAUUUUGUGCAACCCCAGUCUCCCAGGGGCAACAAACUGUUCAAGAAUCCAGCAAGUCUACGACGGUACAAGAGGGCUGCAAUUACCCACGCAAUAAGCGCAUAA